GCGACUCGAAGCAUCGGCUACAACGACGGUGUGCGUGUGUGUUUUCGGAAAUUGUGGUAUUCACGUUAGCGUUUCACGGACGAUGGUAUUGAUACAGGAGAGGUGAUCCCCAGGUUUGUCAGAUUUAUAAUAAAUUCAACGAUGGCUAGUAAUGCAAGAGGAAUACCCCGUAUACAGGUCUUUAGACCGACAUAUGAGGAAUUUAAAGAUUUUACGAAAUAUGUGGAAUAUAUGGAAAGUCGAGGAGCUCAUAAGGCUGGUUUGGCAAAAGUAAUACCGCCACCUGAAUGGAUUCCUAGGAAGAAAGGCUAUAAUCUAGAUGAGUUAGAUCUUACCAUCCCAGCGCCAAUCUGCCAAGUUGUCACCGGAAAACAAGGACUUUAUCAACAAAUUAAUAUCCAAAAGAAGUCAAUGACUGUACAAGAGUAUAGUAAAUUAGCCAAUUCUGAUCGUUACGCUACUCCUCGUCAUUUUGACUAUGAAGAUUUGGAGAGAAAGUACUGGAAGAAUAUAACGUAUGUGGCGCCGAUAUAUGGCGCAGAUGUAUCUGGUUCUUUAACAGAUCCAGAUGUGAAAGAGUGGAAUAUCAAUCAUUUAGGAACAAUUCUGGAUUACGUCAAUAAGGAUUACGGUAUAUCCAUCGAUGGCGUUAAUACAGCUUAUCUGUAUUUUGGAAUGUGGAAAACUACAUUUGCCUGGCACACAGAAGAUAUGGAUCUAUAUUCCAUAAAUUAUUUACAUUUUGGUGCGCCAAAAACGUGGUAUGCUAUACCUCCGGAACAUGGACGUAGAUUAGAGAGACUAGCUAGCGGCUUUUUCCCAACCAGCUAUCAAAAUUGCCAAGCCUUCUUACGCCACAAAAUGUCUCUUAUAUCUCCUCAAAUAUUAAGGCAGUAUUCUAUUCCAUGUAACAAAAUAACGCAGGAAGCUGGAGAAAUAAUGAUUACAUUUCCAUAUGGUUAUCAUGCUGGUUUUAACCAUGGAUUCAAUUGCGCCGAAUCCACUAAUUUUGCAGCACCUAGAUGGGUAGAAUAUGGAAAGAGAGCUGUGCAAUGUACCUGCAGUAAAGAUAUGGUCAAAAUAUCUAUGGAUACCUUUGUGAAACGUUUUCAACCAGAUAGGUAUGAAUUGUGGUUACGUGGUGAGGAUAUUGGUCCUCAUCCUGAAGAUCCUAGGCAGACUGCUGCACCAAUGCCGUCACAAAUGGAUCUAUUAUGUAGUAAUAGUAGCAAUGGUGAAUUACCACAAGGCUAUUUGAGUGCAACACCAAAAAAUAAGCGACAUAUGAUUCAUAAGAAAAAGAAUAUUAUACGCACGAAUCCUGGUAUAAACAUGGAAGAACUUGCGAACCGUACAGAUAUUCCACCAGAGGUUAAAAAGGCCUUACAAGACAUUGAAUUUGAUGAACUAGAAGAACCACCAGAUGAACAACAGUUAGAGGUCCUAGAAGAUAUUUGGCUAAAAGCAGGAGAAAUGGAAAUUGAUGAAGCAACUGUCUAUGAUGAUGGUUACAAUCGCAAGAAAAGUAAGAAAAGAAAGAAAAAACAAAAUGGAGAUAAAGAAAAAAAACCAAAAAUUGAAUCAAAAUCUAAGAAGGAAGCCAGCAAAAUUAAUGCACAGAAUGUGAAUGUAGUUAAAACUGAAGUGAAAACUGAAGAUGAUAUGUCUACUUUUGAAUACAUAUCCCAGGAAAAUAUGGAAGAAUUUCCUGUGCCUCAAGGAAAUUAUAAUGAUGAAAUUAUUAUAAAAGCUGAAUCUACAGAUCCUCUAAAAAUAGACAGUUAUCCCUCAAAUGAUUUUAAUCCUUCAGUUAUUGAAAAAGAUGGUAAAAGGAAAAAAAAGCAUUCAAAACAUAACGAACAGAAGAAAUUGAAGCCAAAACGUGUGUCCAAAGGUAAACGCAAACGCGAUAAUAUACUGCUUUUCGAUGCAUCAACUUCAAACGUUUCAGAUGCUACUGUGCAAACUGAAGCUAAAUCAUUAGAUGAUCUUAACAUGUAUGCUGUAAAUAAUAUGUAUAAUAACCAAGAAAAAUUUAAUUUAAUGCCACUAAGCGUUUCGCUUAGUAAUGAGCUUAAUAAGAAAACUACGAAUACAACUAAUAUUAGUCCGACAAAAAGUUCUGCAUUUAACAACGAUAAAAAAGACAUGACAAAAUUAAUGAGUGCUACAGAAAGCAGAAUAACUGUUUCACCGAUAAAUGAUAGCAGUGAUUCUUCAAAAAUGACAUUUAUGAGUAGAAAUUUCGAAAACAACUGUUUUGCUAAUGAACAGAACAUAAAUUCUGAAUGUCAGAACGAAAGUACAAGAACCACGGCUGCUCAAAUAGAACAGUUUACAAGUAUAAACGACAAAAAUAUGGAUGUGUUUACAGAAAGCGAGACAAUACAAAGUAAUACUCAUAAAAGCUUGCUAAAAGCACCUCGUUUGAAUGUACCAUCAUCGAUUAUACCUCCCAAAUCACAAACUGAAAACCAGCAGAUACAACCUAUGUCAAAGAUUUAUCUUGAACAUUCAUCAAAAAAAAAUUAUCUUAUUUUUCGACCAACUUACUCUAAACCUCCAGUUUUACAAGAUGAAACGGAAAUGCAGUAUAUCAAAAACGAUAGCACAGUUCAAAAGUUGGCUCCACCACCGUUAGAAUUUUCAUUUCUUCACAGGCUUCCAUCUGAUACUGCUAUUACUAAGGUGCCCAAUACUAAUUGUAACUCCACGUUUUCCAAUGUUACACCACAAUUCAACCAUCAAUUUAACCAGCCUAACACAAAUUUAAACAUGAAAUUAAAUAUGGGAAAAUCACCCUAUACGAGUAACAGUUCCAAGAAAUUAAUAGAGACAUCCUUGCAAAAUAUAUAUCCAAAUGUUCCUAAAACUCAAGCAGUCGCAUUAGAUGAUUCGAAUAUCAUUCCUUUUGUAAGUCCAUCAUCCAUACCAUCACAAGCAAAUGCGAUACCCAAUACGAUAUCGCAAUUCCCAUUGUUACCUGCUCUGGUAACUCCUCGGCCUCUAUUGAUAGGUUCGUGUAUGCAAAAUAAAAAUACUGAAAUAACAUUUUUGUUAAAUGCAUCUGCAGUUCAAAACAGUUCAAAACAAGCUAUGCCAAAAAUUACCAAGAAUGCACCAACGCGUCAAAGGCUACAAAAAGGAACGCCACGGAAAACAUCGGCAAAAAAUAAUAAGUCAAAUAAUAAUGCAUCUUCGAAUACUUCUCAAGCUAGCACUGUGAAUACGUUCAUUGGAACUCAAGUCAAUAAUUCUACUGAUACGCGGAUAAAUAUGACCGAUUCAAACGUGCUAUCACGAAUUACAAAUAUGCAAAAAGACAUGUUAUACGAAGAUGAGCAUUUAAAUAUAUCUGACAAUAAGACACAGAUACAAGACUUACAAAAGCAAACAGAUUUUUGUUUACAUUUACAUUCAUCUAAAUCAAAGCAUAAGGCACCUAUAUUAAGAAAGAAACCCAAAGAGAAAAAAGCUACAACAAGAAGAAAACAACCAUUGGCUAUUGUUCCAAAAACUAUAAAUAUGGCUUCUUCGACCAUUGUUCCUGUGAACACUGCUCAUCCAGCUAUUGCAAAUGUUGUAACAACUGCUCCUCCAGCUAUUGCAAAUGUUGUAACAGCUGCUCCUCCAGCUAUUGCAAAUGUAACAGCUGCUCCUCCAGUUAUUGCAAAUGUUGCUUCUGUGACCGAUACUUCUAUAAGUGUUACUCCUGAGGUUACUACUAUGCCUGUUGCUACCCCAUCAACUGUUACUUUGGUGAUAGAACCCACAAAAGAUCAAUCUACAUCAACACAAUCUGCCGAUAUGCCACAAUUCUGUAGUUCUCAGCCAACAUCGGUAAUACCAGGGCACAUUUCUGAUAUGAUUUAUCCGAAUGUACCAAACAAUGAUCUGCUAAAAGCAUUCAAUGAUUAUUGGAGCGCUCAAGUGUCCCAUUGUGCAAUAUGUGCUACUUUUGCCUCGUGUACAAGCGGAAGCAGUAGAAUGAUGCCACCUGAUUGGAAAUAUUGCACAUCAACUACGCUACCCGAAAGUACACCAAUAUGGGUGCCAGCCAAUAUUUACGCAGCAAACUCUAAGGAACAGGCUAUGGAAUCAGAGAAUAACAAACUUUUACGAUGCAGAGAAUGUCACGUAACUGUUCAUGCAUCUUGUUAUGGUAUAACUAUAUUACCUACAGACAUCCAAAAUUGGGCCUGCGACAGGUGUAAAGCUGGCAGAAACGAUGCGAUGUGUUGUAUGUGCCCAAUGUUUGGUGGUCCACUGAAGCGCACCAGUGAUAGCAGAUGGGCGCAUAUUUUAUGUACGCUUAUGGUACCAGGAGCCACAUUCAAAGAUGCCAUAAAUAAAGAUCCUAUCAAUGUAUUAACGAUCAUCGCGGACUCAUUACACAAGAAAUGUUGUUUCUGCAGCCAAGACGGUGGAGCGUGCUUGAAAUGUAAUCAGUGCAAUAAUGCGUUUCAUCCGUCUUGUGGUCUCGCGGCAGGCGCUACAUUUAGCAUACCGGUGUAUACUUCAGAGGAAUUUCAGGUAACGUGUAAUGAACACAAUGAAGGCAAAGAAAAGAUUCCACAAAUACGUCAAGGAGAAACAGUUUGGGCAAAGCAUCGUAACAAACGAUAUUAUCAAGCCAAAGUAAAAACUAUCGAGGAUACCGUCUUUUAUAUGGUUACAUUCGACGAUAAGAGCUUCAGUGAUGAUUUGUACCCUGUAGAUGUAACUAACUAUAAACCUGAAAAUACACCUCUAAUUGGAGCCGCAGUGACGGUGAACUGGACAGACGGUCAAAUAUAUAAUGGCGUCUUCGAAGGUACAAAUCAUCGAAUAAUGUUCACUGUGAUUUUCGAAGAUGGCUCUCAACUUAUUUUAAAGCGUAAUGACAUCUACAGUUUACAAGAAGAAAUGCCAAAAAGAGUGCGUUCUCGUCUGUCUGUUGCAACUGAAAUGAAGCACCGAUCUCAUCUUUAUGGCACAGAAGGUGAAACAGAGGCGCAAAGAAAAGUGAAACAAUUGAAAAAUUACGAUUGAAUUGAGUUGUAACAAAUUGAUGUAAAUAAUUAUUAAGAGAAAGGAACAUAGAAAUCCCCUGUUGUAAAUAGUAGAAAUUAUAUUUUAUAAUCUCGAUUGUCAUCUCGCAGCUUCAUUAAAUCAUUACUU